CCAUCGUUCAUCAAUCAAGCGGUCGAAUAAUUCGUAAUUUUACUUAAUUUUUCCAUAUUUGUGCCAAUCGUUACAUUAAUUUAGUGUCCAUAAUUCGUUCAAAGUCAGUGGAUGUUUAUAAAUGUAAAUAAUCAUCGUGUUGUGUUUGCAAACGUGCAUAUGCUUUGUUGUGAGAACCAACCACCACCUUUAUCUGCUGUCAUUCUGAGUUGUAGCAACUGAAUUUUUCGAUAAUGAAACAUAAGUUAUCCUUUGAAUGGUAGGUUAUCGACUGAACUAGAGUACAAGAAUAACAAAUCAGUAUCCAGUUGUUGAUGUGUCGUGAUGAGAGUGGUGUUCUUACACGGAGCAGUCAUCGGGAGAAUGUGCGGUGGCGUUUAGCCUUAGUGGCAGAGGACGUCAGAAAUAGGAUCCAGCAUGGAAUCGCUGAAGGACGAAGAACGUUUGCGGCGGCUGCGCGCCCUGGAGGAGCGGUUGUGUGACCCUCGCUCCACCGGCAACGUGGACUGCUUGCUGGACACCGUGACGGCGCUCGUCUCCGACUGCGACCACCCGGCUAUCCGUCGCAUGAAGAACGUUGAAGCAUAUACAAGUAGAUAUGAGACUUUUGCUUCAGACAUAGUAGACCUGCGUAUGAAAGCAGCAGAUUUUGAUUUGAUAAAAGUGAUUGGCCGUGGGGCAUUUGGUGAAGUGCAACUAGUCAGACACAAGUCUACACGUCAAGUGUAUGCUAUGAAGUUACUCAGUAAGGUUGAAAUGAUCAAAAGAUCUGAUUCCACAUUCUUUUGGGAAGAACGGCACAUAAUGGCACAUGCUAACUCUGAGUGGAUAUUAAAACUUCAUUUUGCUUUUCAAGAUCACAAGUAUCUUUACAUGGUCAUGGACUAUAUGCCUGGCGGUGACCUUGUAAGCCUUAUGUCAAACUAUGACAUACCUGAAAAAUGGGCAAAAUUCUAUACAAUGGAAAUUGUCCUAGCAUUAGACGUAAUUCAUGGUAUGGGUUUUGUACACCGAGAUGUAAAACCAGAUAAUAUGCUAAUCGACAAAUAUGGCCAUCUAAAACUAGCUGAUUUUGGUACCUGUAUGAGAAUGGGACCUGAUGGACUUGUGAGGGCGAAUAAUGCUGUUGGCACUCCUGAUUAUAUCUCACCUGAAGUUUUACAGUCACAGAAUGGUGAGGGGGUGUAUGGUCGGGAAUGUGACUGGUGGGCUGUGGGAAUAUUUUUGUAUGAAAUGUUAAUUGGUGAUCCUCCAUUUUAUGCAGACAGUUUGGUCGGUACAUAUGGUAAAAUCAUGGACCAUCGGAAUUCACUACAGUUUCCCGAUGAUGUUGAAAUCUCAAAGGAUGCCAAAUCCCUGAUCAGAGGUCUUCUAACAGACCGAAUAAAAAGAUUAGGUAAAAAUAGUGUUAAUGAAAUCAAGCAACAUCCAUUCUUUAUCAAUGACCAGUGGAGUUUUGAAAAUUUGAGAGAUUCUGUACCACCAGUUGUGCCUGAAUUAUCUAGUGAUGAUGAUACAAGGAAUUUUGAUGAUAUGGAAAAGUCUGAUGCCUUGGAUGAAUCUUUUCCUGUGCCCAAAGCUUUUGUAGGUAAUCAUUUGCCAUUUGUUGGCUUUACAUACAAUGGUGAUUAUCAGUUAUGCUCCAGAGGACUAAAGGCAGCAGAUGUAGUAGACACUAUUUCUAAUAAUCAUAUUAAUAAUGUUGGAUCUGAAGCUAUAUUGCAGCUAGAGAAAUUACUUGAACGAGAAAGAGAUGGUAGACGAAAAUUGGAGGACACCCAAGUAAGUUUAUGUGCUCAGUUAGAAGAAUUGUCUCAGAGGGAAUCUAGAAAUAAAAAAAUUAUUGCUGAUACAGAUAAAGAAUUAGCUUUAUUACGACACGAUCUGAAAGAGAUACAAAGGAAAGCUGACAUUGAAGCAGAGACAAGAAGAAAAGCGGAAUUUAAUUUCAACGAAGCAAAGCGGCGGCUUGAUGAGGAGCAAAGCAAACGAGCGAAAGAAAUAAACAAUCUACAAACAUACAACGACAAAAUAAAUGCUCUGGAAAUGCAAUUGACAGAGUUGCGUGAAAAAUUAAAGCAAGAAUCUGAGUCCGCUGCCAAGUCGAGGAAACAAGCGGCCGAGCUGACAGCUGCGCAGGCCGCAGCCGCUGCUGUUAAUGAUGGCACAGUGGCGAGUUUGCGAGCUCAGCGAGACAGCCUGGAGAGGGAACGGAGUACUCUAUCGGAGGAACUUGCUGCUGUAAAGGCAGCUAAACAGCGUUCAGACGCAGCUGUCACAGAAGCCACUAGCAGAUUGAACGCAGCUCAUGCUGAUCUCGAACGAUCUUCGGGCAGGCUUAAUCAAAUCAUGGCGGAUAACAGGCAGCUUUCAGAACGCGUGUCGUCGCUGGAAAAGGAAUGCGCGUCGCUGGCGCACGAGCUGCGCGCCGCCCAGCACAUGUACCAGCAGGAGCUGCGCGCGCACCAGGACACGCAGCGCUCGCAGUUGCUCUCUAAACAAGAAGCCAACUUGGAGCUUGUCAAGGGUGAGUCUCUUCAAUCCAAACUGAACGAGGAGAAGACGGCGAGGCAGCGCUCCGAGUCCGUGUGCCAGGAGAAAGAUCGCCAGAUGUCCAUGCUCAGCGUCGACUACCGGCAGAUGCAGCAGCGCCUGCAGAAGCUAGAGGGAGAACAUCGACAGGAAACUGAGAAGGCGAUGGGGUUAGCGGCUUCGCUGGAACAGGAGCGCGCGGCUCGGCUGGCGGCGGGCGGCGAGGUGGCGGCGGCCGAGGCGGCGGCGCGCGCGGCGGCGGCCGAGCGGGACGCGCGCGCCCGCGACCUGCUCGCCGUCAGGGCGGCGCUGCACGACGCCUCCGAGAAACUCGCCGCUGCCUCUGCGGAGCGCGACAUGCACUGCGCGAGGAGCGAGGAGCUACGCCAGCAGCUAGAGACGGAACAGCACUACUGCUUCGUGUACAAGAGCCAGGCGAACGACAUGCGUCUGAUGCUGGAGGAGAACACGCGGGCGGCGCGAGACUCCGAGCAGGAGCGCUCCAGCCUGCUGCACCAGCUGCAGCUCGCCAUCGCGCGCGCCGACUCCGAGGCCAUCGCCAGAUCGAUAGCAGAAGAGACAGUAGGCGAGCUAGAGAAGGAGAAGACGAUGAAAGAGUUGGAGAUGCGCGAUGCGCUGUCUCAGCAUCGCAGCGAGCUGGCGGCGAGAGACGCACUCGUGCAGGGGCUGCGGGACCGGGACCACGAGAACAGGGCUACCAUUGAUCUGCAGAGGAAGGAGGUGGACGAGCUCCGCCGCAGUGGUACUGCUCUGGCCGAGCGCGUGGCGUCACUGCAGCGCUUGCAGGAGGAAGUGGACCGGCUCAACAAGAAGCUUAACUCCGAGAUCAUGCUGAAGCAGCAAGCUGUCAACAAACUUGCUGAGAUCAUGAACAGAAAAGACAUGAACCCCGCGACGACGAAGAACAAGAGCAAGAUGUCGGUGCGCAAGGACAAGGACUACCGCAAGCUGCAGCAGGAACUGACUCGCGAGAAGGAGAAGUUCGACCAGCACAUCUCCAAGCUGCAGCGCGACCUGCAGGACUGUCAGCAGCAGCUGUUGGAUGAACAGUCCACGAGGCUGCGACUCGCCAUGGAGGUUGACAGCAAAGACGUGGAAAUCGAACAGCUGAAAGAGAAACUGGCGGCUCUAACAAGCGAGACUGCUUCACAAUCAUCAGCUGAUGCAGAAGACGGCGAGACGGAACAGACCCUCGAGGGCUGGCUCUCCGUGCCCUUCAAGCAGAACAUUCGCCGACACGGAUGGAAGAAACAAUACGUUGUCGUGUCCUCCAAGAAGAUCAUAUUCUAUAACACCGAGAACGACAAGCAGAAUACUACGGAUCCUGUCAUGAUUUUGGAUCUGAGCAAAGUGUUCCACGUGCGUUCAGUGACGCAAGGCGACGUGAUCCGCGCGGACGCGAAGGACAUCCCGCGCAUCUUCCAGCUGCUGUACGCCGGCGAGGGCGAGGCCAGGCGGCCCGGCGACCUCGCCGACCUGCCUGCCGAGGGCGGCGACCAUACUGGCAACACGGUGCAGCACAAGGGGCACGACCUGGUGAGCAUCACGUACCACAUCCCCACCGCCUGCGAGGUGUGCACGCGCCCGCUGUGGCACAUGUUCCGCCCGCCGCAGGCCUACGAGUGCCGACGGUGCCGCAUGAAGAUCCACGCGGAGCACGUGUCGGAGGGCGAGGGCGUGGCGGCGUGCAAGCUGCACGCGGACCGCGCGCGCGAGCUGCUGCUGCUGGCGCCCGGCGCGCCCGACCAGCGCCGCUGGGUGGCGCGCCUCGCCCGCCGCGUGCAGCGCUACGGCUACCGCGCCGCGCACCACCCGCACCACGACCACACCAAGCUCUCGCCCAGGGACUCGAUGCGCUCCAACCUGAAGUCGGCGUACAUGAACGCGUCACAGCGCAGCUCGACGUUGCCGGCCAACGCGUCGCUGCCGCGGCAGUGAGCUCCCCUCUACGGUACUUGACACAUACACGCCAGCGCGGACACCCCGAGCUACAUAUACUUUCUUAUUACGCGUUUCUUGAUUUUAAAGGUUAUAGUCGUGAGUCGCUUUGUUCAUCGCGCGUUGGUUUUUUUACUAACACUUUUUUCAAACAUUUUAUUCUAUGGGAUCUAGAAUAUAAUCUGUUUAUUUUGGAAACUAAUUGAAAUCAUUAUAUCGUUCUAUCAAUCGAGAUACUUUUAAAUAAGUAUUCUGGAUAUCUUAUAGUAAAUCAUUCAUCGAGUAUUGUUAAGACAUGAAGUGUAAGCGACGCGACGCGUGGCUCGAUCGCUAGCAUUUGAUCUGGCAUUUGACAAUAUUUGCUAUUUGAAUCUUUCAGAUAUUUUAUAUCCAAAAUUCAAUAACAAUUGUAAAUUAACUAGUCUUAAAUAAGUUUAAGUAUUUUUGUCCAAAUUUUUAUAAGAUUUCGGCAUGACUGCUGUGAUAGAUAUUGAAAAUAUAACUAUUUUGUACUUAUCAAAAUUUACCAACACCAAGUAGUUUUUCUUAAUAUUAUUUUAGAAGCUGAUUGUCAUGGCGAAAUCUCAGAGACGGAUGCAAUGGUGCUAUCUCGUGCAGCACUUGCAAGUUGUUCACAGUUUAUAUGGCAUCAGCUCAAGCGAGUGUGUUGUAUAGAACAACACUAAUAUUUUCUUGGCUCAUUACAAGUGAGUCAAGUGAAUAUCAGUAAGCGUGUUGAUAUUAUUAUGUUUUGUAUACUUAUAUUACGGUUUCGGAUGCGGCUUUACGUUGCGUACGACAACCAUGUGGGAACUAGGAGGUGUUACAAGCUUGUGAAGCUUUUUAUCAUGAAAUAAUGGAAUACAUAAACUAAUUUACACUAUUGUUCGUAACAUUGUCAACGGCCUGUAGUCAAUUCAUUGAUUUAAAGGGACAUAGAUGAAACUGGCUAUUUUUCAAUAAUAUUUUUGUACAAUUUAUUGAACCAGUAGAGCAUUUUUAUUAUAAUGUAUUUUGUUACGUUUUUAUUUUUAACAGCACAUAAUGUUUAUCCCUCAGUAUGUUGUAUAUCAUAUACUAUUGUUGAAUGAAUAUCGCUCGAGAACCUGUUAUUGGAUCCGUCUGAGAAUUUAGAAUUAUGACGGCCGUCGCACAUAUAGCGCAGAGAUUUUACACUAUCAUAAUAUUAUUGACAUUGUUUCCAUUAAAUAAUGUUUAAAAUCAGUUACCAAAACUGGGCCAUGAAGAGCGCCAUAAUGCACCACGUGAAUAGUUGUGUCAAUUUUAUUUUUGGUAUUAUUUUAAUGUGAACAAUGUCGAAAAUAGUUUGACAGUGAUGUCGCUGCACUGCGCCACUUACGCGCCGGGCCUUUUGCGUUAUCCUGUUGUAAAAGAGAACAGUAGUGAGUGGCUUUGUCACAACAAGCGAACAUUAUAUACGCUGCGGUUGCACUUUUAGAUAGAAAUACGGGAAUUGAGCCUUGCAGGAAUUGACUUACCAUUUUUUUAUGUAUGGUUAGAAGAAUUUAGUUAAACAUAUAUCAUAUUAAUUGAAAUAUAGAAAAUUAUACUAAAUGAUUCAGGGACCCUGUAUAUUAGACUAAGUACACAAGUAAGACAUUUCACAACGCGUAAGUGUUGCAAUUAACGAAGAAACCGUGCCAUAGGUGUUUUUGUUUUUAGUGAAUCGUCUCAUAAUUAUAUUUGCUCAAGUGAAAUACCUAGUUCUUCAAAAAUCCGCGACGUUACUUAAUUAAGUAAGACUCUGAACGGGCUUCCUUGAAUCACAAGAUCAAUUUAUUCUAGACUAUGUAGUAGUGAGCUGCUGAGCUUAUUAAAUAAUUAGAUAAAUCAAUUAACACUACAAAAUUUGUUACACAUUUUUCUGUAAACUUGUGUCACGAAUUGCACUAAGAUUUCUUUUGCAAUGUGAGGUGAGAAAUGUAAUUUCGAAGCAAUAAUUCACCGUGUCUUAAUUCUCGUUAUGGUACGACUUAUUGAGAGUGCCAAACUUUCUCAUUUGUUGAAACCCCAAGACGGCUCUUGUGUGAAAGCCUUCUAUUUAACUUUUGUAUCUUUUACAAUACAUCAUUAGGCCUAAUAUAUCUUUAUUAUUAGAUGUUUAAUGUAUGUAAUGUAUAACAAAUUUGGAAACACCAAUUUUAUAUAGGCCUUGUAUAAUCUCGUGUACAAUAAAUCUCGUUUAGUUGUGAGUAUAAAGUACAAAGGUAGUUGAAACUGUUCACAACUAUACAUAUUUGAAUGUUUAACUUUUGCUGUAUUAAAUUAUGUAACAUGUUUCGCGAACCCUUUACUCGCAUUUGUGCUCAUGCGUCCAUUCCGUGAGUGCUGAGAAUUACUUUCAUUUUGACAAGAAACAUUUAAAAACACUAACUUUUUACGAAUAUAAAUGGGCUAGGCAAUCUCGAGUUUCUGCAUCUGCAUACAUUAGCGACGUAGAGGGAGAGGCGACCGAUAAUAAUGUGUGAAGGCUUUGGAUAGCUGUGAUAAAUAAUCGUGUCUAUGUUUGUAGUUCAGCCAAAUAGUAGCUGGUCUCCGCAAGGGCUCGUUUAAGAUUAACGUCUUUUACAGGGGACAAAAAAGACAUGUUUUCAUUAUAAUAAUUAUAUUUAUACUAUAAAUAAUAAAGGUUGUAUGUAAUAUAUUCUUGGGAAUUAGCGUAGCGCCUGUGUGAGACCAGCUCACGCCCUGUACGUACAGUUUGACUGGACUGUGAACACUCGUGGUGCUAGAAGGAAACAGGCCUCCGACGCAUUGUUGUUACUAUUAGUUCUUGUUAAAUAUUAUGAAAUACCCUGUUUAAUAUUGCUCUACACAUUGUUUACAUUCCUGCAACGAAAACUAUGUUGAGUUUUGUUUUCUUUAGUUUUAUAUUGACUCAAGUUCUCUGUUCUGUCGCAUAUCCAGUUAUUGCUUUGUUUUUCUUUUAGAUGUAAGUUUGGAACAAUCUCUUCAUUCAUGUUGACAUGCGAAUUUAAAAUUUUACGUACUUAAUAAUAAAAAAUUGCAAUUUUGUCGUAGUGGUUACGCUUAUUUUUGAGAUGCAUUUUAUUUUUAUUAUGGCAGCUUAUGCAUUGUAUUGUUCGUGCACUUCAUUCCAUAUUAUUGCAUGAGAUGUAUUUUAUAUUUCAUGUGUUCGGUUUUAUUAUUACCAAAGAAGUAAAAAAUGACAAAAAAGAGCUGUUUAUUUUGGAUUCUAAGCCUUCGUUUUUCGUUCCAUGUCUCGUCAUUAAUAUUAAUUCCAUAUAAUAAUAAUAAUAUUGUUAUUUACUAUGCAUAAUUCUGAUAACCUGAUUUUACUAUUCUAGAUGACAUUUUUCGGGAGUAUUUUUCUCGACAACCGCAGCCUUAUAAACCGAUGUGGUUAUAGAAAUACUCCCAAAUUGUCUUAAUAACAAUAACUGAUAUAAUGUAAAAUCAUUAUGUAAAUUAUUUAUUAUCGAAUUAAAUCAUUUAUUGUAAUGUUUUAUUUAUCUACUAAAAUUGUAAGUUCCUAACUAGCUUUUCAUUAUUUUGUAAAGUUUUUUUUUUUUUUUCAAAUAGCUUUUUGCUGAUAGAGGACAUUUCGUAUAAUCCAUCAUAUGUUUUAUAAACUAUUAUUAUGAUAUUGGAUAUAAUAUUUGGAAUAUGGUUUGAAUAAUCGCUGUAAGUAGGAGCGAGCCGCCGGCGUCCGGGCGGCUGGCCACAACACGACGUGCCUUAGCUACGGCUCACCCCAUAUCAUGUAGGCUUAUAUAUUGUCAUACCUGUCAUUAUUAUACUGUAAAUACGCUUUCAAUUCAACCGAUAUUUUAUGGAUUUUGAAACACUUGUAAAUUGUAAAGAUUAUUAAUUUUAAGGUAAUUAAUGCCCAAUAGGUAAUAAGUACUAUUUUUAAAAUAAAAAUAACAUUUUAAAA